AUGGACGGGUUUGGCUCAUCAGAGGCCCCAGCUGCGUAUCGUGAAGUUGAAUGGAUUGCAGAUGUUUUCGUCAUAGGAAUGGGAAUCGGUUGGGUUAUCAACUAUGUCGGCAUGGUCUACGGAUCGUUCAAGAGUCGUACAUAUGGAAUGGCUAUCAUGCCACUCUGUUGCAAUAUUGCAUGGGAAAUUGUGUAUGGCCUCAUAUACCCAUCAAAGACCGUAUAUGAGCAGGGGGUCUUUCUAAGCGGCCUUGCCAUCAACCUAGGCGUCAUAUACACCACGAUUAAAUUUGGACCGAAGGAAUGGACCCAUGCGCCUCUGGUGAUGCACAAUCUGCCACUCAUAUUUAUGCUGGGGAUAAUCGGAUUUCUCACAGGCCACCUUGCCCUGGCAGCGGAGAUUGGCCCUGCACUGGCCUAUAAUUGGGGAGCUGCAUUCUGUCAGCUACUCCUCAGUGUCGGAGGGCUCUGCCAGCUGAUCACUCGUGCAAGCACUCGAGGAGCCUCGUACACGCUCUGGCUUUCCCGAUUCCUGGGCUCUUUCUCGGUGGUGAUCUCUGCCUGGCUGCGUUACAAAUACUGGCCACAGGCAUUUUCGUGGCUGGGAAACCCUUUGAUAAUGUGGUGCUUUUUCGCGUGGCUCAUUAUUGACAGUUCUUAUGGGGUUUGCUUUUAUUAUAUCAAACGUUAUGAACGGAGGACUGGUUUGGAUGCCGACCGGAAGACGGUCUAG